AUGUUGUUCUCUACGCUCCUUCUUACAUCUCCCUUCGUCGGGGCUGUUGAAGCCUUAAACAAAGACUGCGCCGAGGAAGACUUUAAGGAGGGUGGUAUCAUGAUCGAGGGCCAAAAACAACUUUGCGACAAGGAUACCAAGACAGGAAAAUAUUGCAAAGAAAUCAUCGAGGAGUUUCCUUAUAUAGGCAAUGAUGUCGACAAGGAGUUGCCUCUCAAGUACCUCUGCGAGCCUUGCUAUAUCGAGGAUCAACGUGAACGCAUAGACAAGGAAUACCCCAAGUCAGUCUUGGCUGAGAAACCCGCAACAGCCGCCGCCGAUAAGACUCUCACUACAACUGCGACGUCAUCCAAGUUCUCAAAGGUUCCAACCACAGUCCAAAGUGGAGAUGAGACCAUCACUACCGCCGAGACCACCCCAACCUCAACAACCACAUCGGCAGAAGUGACUGAUUCUCCAAAGGACAGUCUAGGCGGCAAGGUUGAAUCUGGCAAAGCCGGAAACUAUUGGGGCUUCGUGCUUGUUCCGGGGUUGAAUGUGUUUCGACUUUGA